AUGCCGCUAUGCCCCACCCAGGAUGCUAGCAUCCUCCCACCAGCGCCAGCAUCGCUCUGCCGCGACGCAGACUUUACCUGGGCAUUUCACCUGGCCAUCUUGCAGAUCUUGCCUGCAGCCGUUUACGUAGCCCUCUGCGCAGUCGAGGCUUGGUCGCUGCAAUUUAAGCCAAAGUACCUCUUGGAAGCUCGUUUCCGCGACAGGACCUACCUGCUCAAGCUCGCCGCUCCGUCCCUCCUUGCUCUCGCUUCGCUCGUUCGUCUCUUGGUCUUUCUGCUGCCCCCCCACAUCGAUGCCCAGCUCCACUCGAUUCGUCACCUUAUCAUCCCUGCGCUCGUGCUCCGAAUCGCAGCAGCGCUCGCCCUCGUCGCCACCGUACACUUCCAAUACCGCCGACAACCACGCCCCAGCACCACCAACGUCGUCUUUCUCACAAUCGCCCUCAUCUUUGACGCCGCCUUUGUUCGCACGCUCGCCCUCUCGGCUUUCGUCAGCACAUCCGCCUUCGCCCUCUCGGUUCUCAGCGUCGCCGCGUUGCUCGCCUGUCUCUUUGUCGAAUGCUUGUCCAAGCGCGCCCUCCUCAUCCAAUCCAUGCACGCUCGCGCCGCCGCCCCCACUGCCGCUUAUCCCCUCACCCAUGCCGCCCGUGCUGCGCCAUCGCAGGCCAUCACCGCAAGCGUCCUUUCCCGCGCCGCUCAUCUCUGGCUACUCCCCACCGUCUGGCGCGGUCGAAGCCAAGAACUCGUCAUCGACCAUCUCGAACAGCCAGACGAUCCACUUCAAGUCCAAGCCGACACCGACGCCUUCCAACGCCGUUGGUCUCGCCUCGAUCCCGCCCGCGCCGGGCCAAACGCACUCGCAUGGACCGUCCUGGCCACCUUCCGCACUACGCUCUUGCGUCCCGUGCUACCCAAGCUCCUCUUCAUCGCCGUCUCCUUCGCCCAGCCAUUCCUCAUCGAGCGCACCACCUCGUAUCUUCAGGGCCUCGGUCACUCCUCUUCCGAGCCUAGCUACCACGGCUGGGGCCUCGUAGCCGCCUAUGCACUCGUCUACGCGCUCACCGCCCUUCUCACCGCCCACUACCAGUCCAUCGUCGACGACUCGGCCUGCAAAAUCCGCCGCACGCUCGUCUCCAUCAUCUAUCAAAAGUCCCUCCGCCUUCGCCAAGAUGCGGCACUCGCAACCGGCGCUGGCGGCGCCACAACGCUCAUCAGCGCCGACAUGGAGCGUGUCUGCAACGGCGUCGUUCUCAUCCACGAAGUGUGGGCAUCCCUGCUCCAGAUCGCCAUCGCGCUCUGGCUUGCCUACGAGCAGAUCUCGUACGCCUUCCUGGUGCCUGUGGUCAUGACCGUCAUCAGCAUUGUCCUCACCACCUACAUCAGCAAUCGCAUGCGCGCCAUCGUCGUCCGCUGGACAAAGGCCAUGCAGCUCCGCGUCAAGCUCGUCACAGCCACCAUGAAAAACAUCACCUCCAUCAAACUGGCUUCCCGCUUCGCCAUCAUCUCGGAGCGACUCUCCGCCUUGCGUGCCCUCGAACUCGCCGCCUUUCGCGCCGCCAUGUGGAUCGCCACUCUGCUCGUCGUGGCUGCCAACGACCUCGAAAACUACACUACGCUCCUCACCCUCGUCGCAUUCUCGGGAAUCGCCCAGAACAGCCAUUCCACCGCAACAGACUCGCUCGACACCACCAAGCUCUUUACCGUCAUCUCCGUCCUCACCCUGCUCCGCAACCCGCUCUUCCUGCUCGCACAGUACGGUCCGAUGCUCCUGGCAGCUCUCGGCGCCUCUGUCGGAAUUCGCGAUUUUCUUCUGCAAGCCGAGAUGGUCCCGAGUCAGGAUGACGCCAGCCGCGGCCGAACCACGUCGUCAUCGUCCUUUAGCUGCAGCCUAGAUCCCAAGUCUGGCAAUGCCCAGGCUUCCAAUGCUGCCGCUUCGUCGGUCUCUGAAACAUCGAGCAUCGUCUCAAAGGGCGUCCGCCUACAAGUCGGCACAAAGGCUCUCAUCUCGGACCUCAACUUCACGAUCAACAAGGGCCAACUCGCAUGCCUUACUGGCGCGACCGGCACUGGCAAGAGUUCGCUCCUGCUCGCCUUCCUCGGGGAGCUGAGAAGUUCUGCGGGCGAGCUCUUCGUCGAGCGUAGCCCCGCGUACGGAACUGCCUACUGUGCUCAGUCGACCUGGCUCCAGGACGCCUCGAUCCGCGACAACAUUCUCUUCCACUCGGACCUCGACCAGGAGCGCUACGAUGCGGUGGCGUGGUGUCUCGAUCUCGAACAGGACUUUGCCGCCAUGCCAGAAGGCGAUGUCACCCGGGUCGGGCCGCAGGGGUCCAAGCUCUCCGGUGGCCAGAAGAGCAGAGUCGCUCUGGCGAGAGCGCUGUACAGCUCCAGCCCACUCCUUUUGCUCGACGACUCGUUGGCGGCGCUCGAUGCCUCUACCACAGCCAAGAUCGUUACUCGCCUCCUUGCCCGUGAACCUCAAGGUCGAGAUGGCAGUUCAGUGGCUCCCGCCCGACUGGUGCUCGGGGGCAGGACCGUCGUCCUCGCUUGUCACAAAUUCCCGCUUGGGAUCCAGCCAGAUGUGCACAUUGCCCUCAGUUCCAAAAAGGAGACCGCGGAAACGGUCGCCGACGUCACCGUCCAGUACGCUAGCCAUCAGACCGUCACUUUCCCACCUUACUCGAGGUCUCUGCCACUCAAAAGUGCUUCCGCCAGCUCCGAUCAAGGAUGCAAGGACAGCAGCGAAGCCAGCGAUGCGGACCCUUCACCCAAUCCACGGACUCAGCUGCGUCCUUGGGAAGCCUUCAAGUUCUACUGCCGCACCUGCGGUACAGCACGCGCGCUCGUCUACGUCGCCAUCAGCAUCUUUGCCGCCGCUUCCCUCGCCUCGAUCAACAUCUAUCUCUACUUCUGGUCGAAUGCCAACGAUCGUAAGCCCAACGCAAGCCUGUGGGCCUGGAUCGGAGGUUACGCGGCAGUGGUUACGGUCAACUCGCUGGCUUUCACAGGUCAGGUCUACUACCUCUUCAUACCCGUUGCGCAGGCCUGUGCGCGGAGGAUGCACUCGAUCAUCCUGAGCUCGACGCUGGCCGCACCUCUGUCGUAUUUCCUCAACACCUCGGGCGGGGCCAUUGUGAAUCGCUUCAGCCAGGACCUCUUUGUAUCGGACAACGACAUGACCAAGGCCUUGUUCAAUGUCUCCUCCAAUCUGGGCGUUGUGCUCGGCAGUAUGAUCCUUCUGUCCUUGGCAUCGCCCUGGUUCUUGCUCAUCUUGCCCGUUCUGCUGCCCACGCUGUGGGCGAUCAAGUCGUUUUACCUUCGCACAUCCGGACAAGUUCGCAAGCUCGACCUCGAGUCCAAGUCGCCUCUGUAUACCCUGUUCGGCGAGACGAUCGACGGCAUCGUCACCAUCCGCGCCUUUGGGGGCGGCCGAGCAUUUACGCAGCUCAACGAGAUUCUCGUUUCGCGCAGCCAGCGCGCCUUCUUCCUCAACCUCUCGCUGAUGCGUUGGCUCACUCUCGUCUCUGGCCUCAUCGUCGCUGGCCUCUCCACGGCAUUCUGCUCGCUCAGUGUCGGCCUCGCCCAGCGCAGUGCAAAGCACGGAGCAGGCUCGGACACGGUCGGAUGGGUCGCGGUCGGGCUGACGCAGCUCAUGAUGCUCACGAGCGCGAUCACGAUGCUCACGAAAGCCUGGACUCAGCUCGAGCUGUGCCUCGUUGCGAUCGAACGCUUGCAGCAGGUCGCCACGCUCGAAGCCGAGAACGACGAUGGGACCCGCUCGUACGAAGGCGAGAGCACGGAGCGCACGUCAGCCAUUGGGGCCGAGGUGGUUGUCGAGUCCGUCAACGUCGGCUACACGCUGCCCGACUUGGAUGUCUCCACCACGGUCCUGCGCGACCUUUCGUUCACGCUUGCGGCAGGAGAAAAGGCGGCCGUGGUCGGCAGGACGGGAAGCGGCAAGUCUUCGCUCAUCCAGGCGCUUUUGCGCUUCGUUCCACUGUCUUCCGGAAGCAUCUCGAUCGAAGGCGUCGACACAACCGACUUGCGCCUGCGGGCUCUGCGCGAACGGAUCCUGGUCUUGCCGCAAGAGGCUGUGGUCGUUUCGUGCUGCACGCUGCGGGAGAAUCUCUUGAUGAUGCUGGACACUGCCGACAGCGUCGAUGUGCUCAGCGACUCCGAGCUGUGGGACGCUCUGAAGCGGGUCGGGCUCGACGCCAUGGCUGCCAAGUGGGGCGGUUUGGAUGCGGCUCUGGAUCAGGCGGACGAGCUGAGCAAUGGCCAGAGGCAACUUCUCUCGCUCGCACAGCUCAUCCUUGCCUGCAAAGCCAUCCGUGCUCGUCAUGGGCGCAGCCGCAUCGGAUCCGAGGGCCACUUGAUUGUCCUGGACGAACCGACAUCAUUCCUCGACGACAGCGGAGACGCCCUUUUGAGGGAGCUGAUGCAGGAUCCACUGGCCCUCGGCGACUUUACGGUCCUGAUGAUCUCGCACCGCUUCGGGCCCAUUCUUGCUUGCGACAAGGUCCUCCUGCUGCACAAGCAUGGCGAAGCUUCGACAGGGCCGUCCUACGAAUUCGGUCCUCCGAGAGACCUGUUCUACUCACCCGCAUCUAGUUUCGGACUCCUUGCUCGCGAUGCCGGCAUCACAAGAUGGUAG